AACUUCGAUUCAUUGACUUAUUUCCAUCUUGAGCGAGGCACGUGAGGAUAAAACGCUCCUUCAGCUGUUACAGUGACAGUUUUGCUUUAUGAGCGAUAAUAAAUCUGACAACAGCACGUUUCUCGGAUGAACUUUGGUUUUGCUGAAACUUUAUAGGCUUGUGAUACAAAAUGUUUCCACCCAAAGCAAAUGUAUCUUAGAAGGUGCUUUUUUUUCACCCCCUUUCUUUUAUUUGCUCAGUGUGCCGGUCCAAAUGGAUUUGGUAAAAGAAGCCACAGCAGUUCCAGCUGUGGCUCCUUGCUCCUGUGGGUCGUUUCUGUCUCCACGUUAUUGAUUCCCAGAGGCUGCUGCUGCUUCUGCUGCUGGCCAAUAGGCUCCUGAGACAGUUUUUUUUACCCCUUUUUUUUCAAAAGGACGUGAGCAGAUGAAGGGAUGAGAUUCGUGUAACUUUUGGAUGACCCCUUCUUGACAAAGACACUGUCCAUCAAUUGUCCUCAGUCAUUAUUCGCUGCUUUUAUGCCAAGGGGCUUUUUGUAUCUUUUGUUGGUUUCUCUGUUGAACACCAAGCCUUCAAGUUGGACCACAGAAACUUAUAUAUCCUUAAAUCACUCGGGAUCAAACAUGCACAAACGCUCACAAUAAUUUUUAUGUUGUUUUGUAUAUGAUUUUGGAACAUUUAUUGUUAAUUUUAGAGUUUAAAGACUGUACAACCCCCUCCUCCCCGUCAUUCCCCCCUCCCAGAUCUUAUUUUCCUAGUGCAUUACUUAGUGUAUUUGUUUUAUCCAACAACGUCUAAUCUCGGGAAGCUUAAUUUAGGUUUAACGCAUUUAGUUGUGUGUUUACUCGUGUUUGGACCAGCAUCACCUCUAUUGGCCGAUCUGGUCACAUGGUUCGCUAACUUUAUUCAGUUGACACCAAGUAGGAGGGCUCUAUGGAGGGAGGAAAAAAAGACAACUCGAGAAAAAUUAGUAUUUUCUACCUUCAGAAAUUAAUGGCCAUGAGUUCGUAUAUGGUGAACUCUAAGUAUGUGGAUCCUAAAUUUCCUCCCUGCGAGGAAUACUCUCAAAAUAACUAUAUACCUGAUCAGGGCUCGGACUACUACAGUCCAUCGCAGGACACAGACUUUCAGCAUCCAGGGAUCUACCCACGGUCAAACUACGCGGAGCAGCCGUUCAGCUGCAACACUGUGCCGGACUCCUCCGUGCAGCCACCCCGGGGUCAUGUGCGAGACAGAGCCGCCCAUCCGAGCCCUUUUACCGCACAGACCGAGCAGGCCCCCCCGGUCCCAGUGACCGGACCUCGGACUUGUGGACAGCAGCAAAACACAAAGAGCCAAAAUGGGAUACAAGCCAAGCAGCCUGCAGUAGUUUACCCCUGGAUGAAGAAAGUUCAUGUGACUACUGUGAACCCGGAUUACACGGGACCGGAGCCCAAGCGCUCCAGAACAGCGUACACCCGCCAGCAGGUCCUGGAGCUGGAGAAGGAGUUUCAUUUUAACAGGUAUCUGACCAGGCGGCGGAGGAUUGAGAUUGCCCACACUCUCUGCCUGUCCGAGAGGCAAAUCAAAAUCUGGUUUCAGAACAGACGGAUGAAAUGGAAGAAAGACCACAAACUCCCCAACACCAAGGGCAGAUCGGCGCCAGCCUCCAGCCAUCUUCAGAGCAUUCAGAAGGAUAACCAGACUGAUAUCACGUCAUUAUAAAAGAGGAGGGUGUCACAUCGUUCGAAAAAUAAAUGUACAUAAAGACUGAGGUUGCAUCUGACUUUUGCAUGGACGGAUGUCAAUUUUUUUUAGCAAUUAUUGUUUAAUUUAACACAAAAAUUACCCCAGCAGCCAGACUCAAGAAGACUGAGUCGGAAAAUCAGUCUUUAUAAGUGAGAAGUGUGCAAGUUUGUGUUUUAAUUUCUUCACAGAAACAGAUUUGAUCGAAAAUGUUUCUUUCCACAUUUUUUUUAAACGUCCAAUAAGCAAAAUUCGGCAUCUUCGUGGAUUUCGGUACACUUUUUAACAUUUUCCAAUAUUUUUAUUCAGAACAAAGGCCAUUUGUUCCAAUUACACGAAUAUUGUCACUUUUUGUUUUAUUAAACGCACAAUAUAAGUACUUGAAGGAAGCAGUAUUUGCAGAGCACGCCAAACACUCCCCAACCUUCUUUUGUAAGUUACGAAAUAUCUAUUCUUUUGCGGCUUGUGUGUUUUAACUUAUUUUGUACAAAAAAAAGGAUUGACAUUUUUUUAACCUAAAUAUUAUUCCCACACGUAAGACAUUCCUGCGCGCGAACUAUUCCGAGUGCUCUUAUAAAUCUCUCCUGACAUCUUUGUAAACAGUGUACAUUUUCAGAGGCUCUCUCGUGUUAUUUGAAACUCUCAUAUGAACGAUCAUUUGUUCCUGCAUGGCUCAAAUUGAUACAGAAUAUUCCUCAUCGGACAUAAUCAAAAUCCUGAAUUUUUAGGAGUAUAAUUGUUUAUUUUUCUUGAUACGAUUUUUUUUACGUAAUUAUUUAUUUGUCCAAAAAAACGUGUACAUUUUCGUAUUGCACACACUUUAAUUAAAAAUAUUCGAUAAAC